AUGGAAGCGGCAGCGGCGGCGGCGGCACCAUCUGUUUCGGUUGCCGGCGGCAGAGGGAGGGACGAGAAGACGCAGCCUAGGCCGGGGGCGGCGGCGGCGGCGGCGUGCGACGUGGAGGCGCUGCGGAGGUGCCUUGAGGAGAACAAGGGCAACCGCGUCAAGUGCCAGGCGCACAUCGACGCCUUCCGCUCCUCCUGCUCCGCCGGCCCUAACACCAGCUCCAAGCUGCAGUCCUCCUAG